AUGCACACAGGUGGAGAGGAAGAGCAGGAGAGGAGCAGUGGUAAAUGCUCCCAAAAGUGUCGCAACCUGUUUGUGGUGGAGUCUGUUUGUGUGGCUUGGUUCUCCAUUGAGUUUCUCGUGAGAUUUCUCCACACACAGAGCAAGCUUGAGUUUGCCCGCGGCCCUCUGAACAUAAUCGAUGCUGUUGCCAUCUUGCCCUUCUACGUCUCCCUGCUGGAUCUCAGGUCUGGGCCUGUUGGGGACACCGAGGACGGUACAGGAAAGAGCACCCUUGAUAAACUGGGUCUGAUCCUGCGUGUGAUGAGGGCCCUGCGGAUCCUAUACAUCAUGAGACUGGCCCGCCACUCUCUGGGUCUGAAGACCUUGGGGCUCACUAUCCAGCGCAGUGUGACGGACUUCGGCCUGCUGCUGCUCUUUGUGUGCGUGGCUGUGACUCUCUUCUCUCCACUCAUACACCUGGCUGAGAGUGAGCUGGCCCCCCACGCCGCCAAGUCCCCCAUGGUCAGCUUCAGCAGCAUCCCAGCAUCGUACUGGUGGUCCAUCAUCACCGUCACCACGGUGGGGUACGGCGACAUGGUGCCACGCAGCGUACCGGGCCAAGUGGUGGCACUGAUCCUCAUCUUGUCAGGGAUCCUCCUUCUGUCGUUCCCUUCCACUUCCAUCUUCCACACGUUCCAACACACCUACAGCGAGAUGAAGGAGGAGAACAACUGGCUGUGGAAGGAGGAGAGGGGCCACGAGCUAGCCAGCGAGGCGGAGGAGAGUUUGAGAGAAAGAGACAGUUGGCCGGAUAACUGUCCAGAAAGAGACAUAUUACCUCGUCUUAUUACCUUGUAA